GCAAAACCACAGUGAAUAGCCACAAAAUCUCGGAAAAGUUACUUCUGUCUACUGUAAUUUAGCCUGUAGAUUUCCACCAACAUGCGCUAAUUCUAGCUUCAGAAUCAAUAAUUGCUUCCAAACAUCAUUUAUUUUAUUGUUGCAGCUCUUUUUCCUUAAUACUUCCAACUAUAUAAACCCAUCCAUCUCCAUCAACUUUUCCUCAACCACAACCACACACACAACCCUCUUAUUCCAACCUUGCAUGAUGGGUUCUUCAUGCACUAACUCUUCUAUCAAUGGCUUCUACAACUUCCUCACCCAAGGACUCAAUGAUCUUCACCAAUCCUUCCUCUCUCACAACUUCAUGUCUAUCCAAUUCCUCUCACAAGUGAUCUCAUCUCUCCAAUCCUUCCAUUCCCAACUCACUAUUUUGGUCUGCAAGCUUCGGUUGCCUGUUGGAGGGAAAUGGCUGGAUGAGUACAUGGAUGAAAGUUCAAGGCUUUGGGAUGCUUGUCAUGUUCUCAAAUCUGCCAUUUCUGGAAUCGAGAGCUAUUACUCUUCUGCCUCUAAUAUAGCUUCUUCUUUGGAUGGUUACCAUCACUUUACUCCAGAGCUUUCUCGUCAGGUUAUUAGGGCAAUAAAUGUUUGUCAGAGGGAGAUUCUAGGGUUGGAAGAAGAAAACAAGAGCUUGGUGGAAACAAGGAUUCAACCAUUGUCCCAAUGUCUAUACCAGAACAUCUCUGUAAUGGAAUCAAAGUUAAAUGGAUUCAGUGGUUUCAGAGGUGUUCUUCAUGCAAUGAGGAGUGUUGGGUCACUGCUUCUGCUGAUUCUGCUUUGUGGCCUUGCAUAUUGUUGGUCUUCCUCUUGCUUUCACCAAGGAGACAUGGUUUUCGGAUCUGGCUUCAUGGUUUCAAUGGCAAUGUUGCAGCAGAAAGUGACAGAGGAGAUAGAACAGAUUGAAGGGCAGCCAGGGAUUCUGCUGUUUGAAUUCCAACAAGCAAAGAUUGCCAUGGAGGAAUUGAAAGUGGAGUUGGAGAGAAUGGCAGGAUAUGAAGCACAUGGUGAUGAUAUCCAAGAAAAAGUUGAAAAUGUGAAGAGUUGCUUUGGGUUGUUGAGAUGUGGGGUUGAGACUAUAACAGGGCAACUUGAUGAUUUCUUUGAUGAAAUAGUAGAAGGAAGAAAGAAGCUUUUGGACAUGUGCAGUCAUAGGUAGAAACAAUUUUGAUUUAGAGAAAAAAAAAUGUUAAAAAAUGAGCAAUGUCAUCUCUUUUUUUAUUAUGCAUUAUUAAUCUUCAAUCAUGUCUAUUUUGUUAAGGCCUUGUAUAACUUGGCAUAUUUCAAUUA